CAGCGAGCUCCCUGAGAGACAGUGGAAAUAUGUAUUUGUUGCUGCGGCUCUUUAAAUCGUCUCAUGUUACAAAUGGAUACAACUUACAGCAAGUACAAUAUAACCACAUCUACAUCGCGGCCCAUGCUCUAUAUCAGCGCUUCCUUGGGCUAACCGUGCAGAAAGAGGUUGAAGCAGAGCUUGAGGCUCUCAUUGGACAGCAGAGCAGCCUAGACAGUAAGAUGGCAGCUCUACACCGAAUGGGUCCAAACUUGCAGUUGAUCGAAGGGGAUGCCAAGCAGCUUGCAGGGAUGAUCACUUUUACAUGCAACCUGGCUGAAAAUGUCAGCAGCAAAGUUCGGCAGCUUGAUUUGGCCAAGAACCGGAUUUACCAGGCUAUUCAACGAGCAGAUGACAUUUUGGAUCUGAAAUUCUGCACUGAUGGAGUACAGACAGCUCUGCGCAAUGAGGACUAUGAGCAGGCAGCAGCACACGUUCAUCGGUACCUGUCACUCGACAAAUCUGUAAUUGAACUGAGCAGACAGGGCAAGGAAGCCAAUAUAAUCGACGCAAACCUAAACCUUUUGCAAGAGGCAGAACAGCGGUUAAGAGUGAUUGUAGCUGAAAAGUUUCAUGUGGCCAUCAAAGAAGGUGACUUACCACAAGUGGAGCGCUUCUUCAAGAUUUUUCCACUGCUGGGAUUACACGAGGAAGGGUUGAACAAGUUCUCAGAGUACCUGUGUAAACAGAUUGCAGACAAAGCUGAAGAAAACCUUCAUUUGGCAUUGAGCACAGAGAUGAGUGAUCGUAGAGCAGCUGUUACCUUUGCUGAUACCCUCACACUGCUCUUUGAAGGGAUUGCUCGAAUCGUGGAGACUCACCAGCCCAUUGUUGAAACGUACUAUGGACCUGGGCGGUUGUACACACUUAUUAAAUACUUACAGGUGGAGUGUGAUCAACAGGUUGAAAAGGUGGUGGAUAAAUUCAUUCAGCAGAGGGAUUAUCACAGAAAGUUCCAGCGUGUUCAGAACAGUAUGAUGAGAAGCUUGACGGUGGAUAAGAUAGAGCCCAGAGAAUUGGACACUAUUUUAGCGGAAGUUACAUUGAUGAAUGCUCGUGCAGAAUUGUACCUGCGCUUCUUAAGGAGAAGAAUCACUGCAGAUUUUGAAGUUUGUGAUGCGGUAGCAUCAGAAGAAGUGAAACAAGAGCAUCAGAAGGCACUGGAUAAACUCUGUAACCUAUGCUUGCUGAGCCGGAAUAUGCAGGAGCUUAUUGGAUAUUACAUCACAAUGGAAGAAUACUUCAUGAGAGAAAUGGUCAACAAGGCUGUGGCGAUGGAUGUCUGUGAGAAGGGCCAGUUGACUUCCAGCAUGGUGGACGAUGUGUUUUUCAUUGUGAAGAAGUCCAUCGGGCGUGCUCUGGCAAGCUCAAACAUUGACUGCCUGUGUGCCAUGAUCAACCAUUCCACCACUGUACUGGAGUCAGAUUUCAGGGAAGUGCUUUAUAAUAAGCUCCGGAUGGGAUUUCCUGCCACAACCUUUCAGGAUAUACAGCGUGGAGUAACUAGUGCUGUGAAUAUCAUGCAUUCCAGCCUGCAGCAGGGCAAAUUUGACACCAAGGGCAUUGAAAGCACAGAUGAAGCUAAACAAUCUUUCCUGGUGACUCUGAACAAUGUGGAGAUGUGCAGUGAAUAUCUUCUGACCUUAAAAAAGAACCUGGAGAGUGACUGUACAAAACUGUUCAACCAAGGACUGGGAGCAGAGCAAGCACAAGCAAAGAUUGACAGCUGCCUAUCGGAUUUGGCUGCAGUCUCCAACAAGUUCAAGGACCUCCUGCAGGAAGGUUUAGCAGAACUCAACAGCACAGCUAUCAAGCCACAGAUUAAGCCCUGGAUAACUGGGUUCCUCUCCAUCUCUCACAAUAUUGAGGAGGAGGAGUUUAAUGAUUAUGAAGCCAAUGAUCCCUGGGUUCAACAAUUUAUUCUCAACCUGGAGCAACUGAUGACAGAGUUCAAGGCUGGAUUGUCUCAGGUCAUCUAUGAUAAUCUCACUGGUCUGAUGACAAGCCUGAUUGCAAUUGAACUGGAAAAGGUGGUUCUCAAGUCAACUUUUAGCCGGCUUGGUGGGUUGCAGUUUGACAAGGAGCUCCGAUCGCUUAUUGCAUACCUGACAUCAGUGAUCACGUGGACCAUUCGUGACAAGUUCGCUCGCCUCUCUCAGAUGGCAACUAUACUGAAUCUAGAAAGGGUCACUGAGAUCUUGGAUUACUGGGGACAGAACUCUGGUCCAUUGACCUGGCGUCUUACGCCUGCUGAGGUGCGUCAGGUGCUAGCACUGCGGAAUGACUUUCGUAGUGAGGACAUCAAGAGACUUCGCUUGUAGCAGCUGUGUCUGGUCAACCUUUAGAGGAUUGAUUAUUAUGAUUUCUCUUGGACAGCAUGUUUGUGCAUACUCAGACAGUGCAGCUUUGUGUGGCAUUUAAAACACAAACCUCUGACUGGAUCUGGUGUGCACCAGCAAUGACUUACAUACGUUUUUGUUUUCCAAAGGGAUCAUUGUGCAUUAAUUGACAGACUUGGAGCAUGUCCAGUUUCAGGGUCUUGGGGACUGGUUUAGAAGUAUACAGUACAUCCACAUGCUGGAGUAUUACUUCACCACAUUUGGAUUAUGCUGUACCAAGUCGUGUUGCAGCUUAUAGAGAGAUGGAUUGUUUUGCCAAACUUUUCAGAGGUAAUCGAUUUACUCUGUCCACUGACAUACUGACCCACGCAGACUAGGAAUAGUGCCCAAUUUCACCCCGAUACCUGGUGAGAUUGGCAGGGGCGACUUCAUAAUGCUGAGAAAUGAAGCAGUGGCUAAAAUCUGAUUCCUGAAUUCAGUUCCACGAAUAAUUUUAGUAAGUGUGGAUUAGACAUGGUUAUGGUAAUCCCAAUGUUUGAAUAGCCAGCUAAUGACUCUUAAUAUGUUGCUGUCUGCCAGUCAUCCUCUCCAUACUACCCUGGCAUGACUGGAUGAGAUGUUAAGCCAAGGUUCCACACGUGUGCGUGGUUGGCCAGGAAGAACCUGUCGGGUAUUUCAAGUAACCUGGUCAAUAUUAAUCUCUCCAUUACAAAGUUUCAGUAAUCAAUGCUGUGGGACCCUGCAGUGGAAUAUUUAAGGAACGGAAUAUGCGUAUGAAAACGAAUACCUGAGGCAUCAAACUAGCAGGAGGACCUCCCUGGUAUGUGCUGCAGAUUGAAUUGUUCAUGGGGAACAGUUUUCACUUUUUCCUAUACUUUCAUACCAGAGAAUUGAAUGGAAAUUCAUAAUUUAUUGUGUUCAAGGUUUGAAAGUUGUCUAAAUUAGUUCACUUUAGAAAUCCAAAUCAUUCUUUGUGGUUUAAUGGUGUUUUUUGUGACUUCCAGCUGUCCUAAAUGCUUUGCACCAGACAAUAUAAUUCCAAACUGUUUUAUUGCAUGUAAUGUGGAAAGUAGACAAAGAAAUGAAUUGCCAGAGAAUCUGUUUUGUCCACAUCAUCCCAUGUCUUGGAGGGUGUUCUGAAGGGGGACAAUAAAAGUAAUAUGACCAACAAGGUUUAAAAAGUCUUGUGUACAAGUUUUGUGUCUUAAUAUGUGGAACAUUAGAAAGGAAGUACAUGAAUUAGCAGUGUGAAUAGAUGUGGACACGGCUGCAGGUUGACCAACGAUGGAACCUGGAUAUCUAGGAAUAUUCAUUAUUUAGGAAGGAGAGACAAAAAUGGAAAGCAGGUGGGGGAACAUUAUUAGUAAAGGAAUAAAUCAAUGUAAUAAUGAGAAACUAUAAUUGGCUCAGAAAAUCAUGAUGUGGAAAUAAGAAAUAUCAAGGGAUAGAUACAUUAUGUAUAAACUUCCAAAUGGUGGUGAAUAUGUAUGGGAAGGCAUUAAAUAAGAACUUAGAUAUGCAUGCAAUAAGGAUACAUCUUUAAUACAGUUGCCCAAUUUACAUAUAGAUUAAUGAAGCCAAACUAGGUGGUUAAUAGAUGGGGAAGCAAAAACUCGGGCUGUUUAUAAGUGCACUUCUGGAUAUUUAAAAAAGUGAAACUUAACUAUCAAUUACAUUGUGGAGGAUUUCAAAGAGUGUGUAUUUGGUGAAUAUUAUUGAUCUAUAUCUUGAUGAACCAAUCAGAGAACAGGCUAUUCUAGACGUGGUACUAUUGUAUUGAGCAAGGAUUAACAAUUGUACUGGUCCUCUGGUGAAGAGCAAUCAUAUUAGGAGAUCUUCAUUAAGAUGGAGGAUGAAGUAGUCAAAUCUGAAACUAGAAUCUUGAAUUUAAAUAGAGAACUAAAUGGUGUAAGGAACUAAGUGGCAACAAUGGUUUGGGGAAAUUUACUGAAACAGUUAAUGGUGGAUAAGCAAUGGCUAAUAUUUAAUGAAUGUGUGACUAAAUUACUACAAUUAUUCAUUCCUGUGUGAUGCAAAAAUAAAUCUGAAAAGACAGCUUAAUGUAAUGCAGUACAUCAGUACUCAGAGCAUUGCCACCUUGGUCAUGAACUGUUAAAUCAAAGCCUCACCUACUUAUUCUGGUAUAAAUAAAUAAUUCUAUGACAAUA